AUGAGCAUACGUUCAAAAACACUACCAAUUGAUGAGCAUUAUUGUCAAAUAUGUACAUAUACAUCGUCGAUUACUGGUAAAAAACGUUUAUCAUAUUAUUCUUGUGAUCAUUGCCAUUUAUCAAUGUGUUAUGAUUGUUUUGAAAAACAUACAACUCAAUUAAUUGAUGAAUAUUUAGAAAUACAAAAACGUUAUUCACAAUUAGCCAAUUUAUUUAAUAAUAAACAACAAUUACUUAAAACAUUUGAAGAACAUUGUAUACGUAGUGUUAAUACUGUUUUUGAUGAAGUACUUGAUGAUUUACAAACCCUUCGAAAAGAAAGUAUUGAUUAUGUUCAACAACAGUUUAAUGAAUCUCAAAUUGUUAUAUCAGAUAUGAUUACAAAUAUCAAAUCGUUAAUAACUAAAUCUCAACAAAAUUGGAUUCGUGAUGGUAUAAGAAAACAUGUUAUUCUUGAACUUGAUAUUCAACGUAAACAAAUAAAUGAUAUUGAACAAGAUUUUAAUAAAUUUUCUUUAUCUAAUAUGCAAUUAAAAAUGUCUACAUAUCCACGAAAUAAACUUGAUUUAGAUUGUCAAUUAUUAUUAAGUUCAUAUACAACAAUAAAAAAAUUUUCUUGUUCUUAUCCAGGCAAAAUUAUAUCAACAAAAUGUUCAUAUGAUCAACAUACAGAAUAUGAAAAUGAAAAAAUUGAUGUUGAUACAGAAGUUGAAGAACUUAAUGAAAAUCUUUAUUCAACAAAACAAAUACAAACUGAUUCUGUUAUUGAAUCUGUUCAUAAUACAGAUGUUGAUGAUGAUGUUGAGGAUGAUAAGGAUGAGGAAUAUUUUUCUUUACAAGAAGAAACAAGUGAAUUAAAUAAUUCAAUUCAUACAGAACAUUGUUUAAGUAAACGUUAUAUUAAUCAAGGUACAAUAUUAACACAAAAUGAAGUUGAUCGUAUUGCAAGUGAUGGUGAACAUUUACUUUAUUUUUCUGAUAUAUCAAAAUCACUUUGUUAUAUUCUAAGCAUUUUAUCUGAUAGACGAGUUAAUGGAACAUCAAGAACAAAAGAAAUAACAUGCCGAUGGCCACAUUCUACUAUACUUGAUUUAGUUUAUUCACCAGCUUCAUCACAAUUUAUUUGUGCAACUAAAACAGGUAUUUAUACAUGUAUUAUUGAUUCAAAUAAUGAUGAUUCAACUAUUGACAUACAAUUGCAAAUAACACAAUCUUGGUCUUAUAUAAGACUAUCAGCUGAUAAAAAUUUUCUAUGGGUUUGGACGGAUACUCCACGUUUAAGUCAAUUACAUGUUUAUUCACCUAAAACAUUUGAUUGUAUAAAAAAAUUUGAUUUACGUAAUUAUCGACUUUUUUCGAAUAAUAGUACAUCAUUUUGUAUUCAUACAAAUCUUAUUGCAACUGUAUUUCAAUUUAAACAAACAACAAAUACAAUGAUAUAUAAAAAAAAUUUUCAUGUUACACUUUGUGAUAAUAUAGGUUUACAUGAAUUAUGUACAAUAAAUUUAGGUGAAUGUGAUAUUGAUCAUGAAAUUCGAGCAAAUAAUGAUGGAAUCUUUUUUAUAACGAAUGGAAAAAAAACGUUAUGGAUCGUUGAUCGUUAUGGAAAAAAAGAAUAUGUUAAAUUACAUCGUACAGGUCGAGCAUUAACAGUACAUACAACAAAUCAAAUAUUAAUUGCUAAUGGUACAAAACACUUGCAAUGUAUUGAACUUAUACAAAAUGACAACAAAAAUAUAUAA